CACAUGUUUCUUGAUAUCAGUCUGUGGAGUGAUAUAGCUCGGAAUCUCAAUGGUCAGGAACUGGCUGUCCUUGGUCGUUCUGGGCCAGUUAUGCUUGCUGUUUGCUCACUUCGAGUCACUGGCGCUACGAAAGGUCUGCAUGUACCUUACCGCCGCACUAUUCUCCCUUUCAUUUCCCUUCCUCUUUUCCUUAUUACCUUUACCCCUCUUGUAGGAGGUUACUCUCUUACCAGUACUCCAGGCACACGUUGUGUUCUCAACCCUGUUUCUGAAAUGGCUCACCUGGUCCAAUCUGUGUUCUUUGCCAGCACUAAUACAUGUCAAUAUUACCCUCCGAGGUUUGCAACUCCUAAUGAGGCAGCGGCCUUCGAAGCUGAAUGUACGAAGACUGUGUCACAACUACUUGCCUUGUGUUUUCCACCUGUUGCCGAUUCUACGCGUUACCAUUGCUCUGGUCGGAUUGUUUCGGUUGAUUCUUCUAUGCAGUGGUACUACUUGGGUUGUGCGCUUUGUUCCAAAGCAGCCAUAGAUUAUGAUGGUGUUGACAAAUGGUGUGAUGACCACCGUCGUUUGGUGCCUCAACAAACACAGAACUUUUACAAACUUCGGGUAACAGUUGAUGACAACACUGGAUCAGCAGCUUUUGUUCUGCUGGGUAGGGCCGCUGACCUUCUUGUGGGCUUGACUGCUAACGAUCUCUCUACUAGGUUUCCUUACCAACGCAAUGUUCUUCCACAAGAACUUCUGGCUCUUGAAGGGCGAGACUUUACUUUUGACGUCCAGCUUCCAAAACCGGAAUAUGGGGCUCGUGGCCCGCCAGAAUUCACGGUCCUUGCUGUCAAUGAGCAAGAACAGCCAAAUUCCUGCUCACCAACUCUUGGUCGCCGGGCAAGAAAUGCUAUGCCCCAUACACCACCUCCUAACAGUCCUCACUUGAUGCCUCUUACUUCUCCAUAUGUUGUUCCAACAAUGCAGAACGCUUCGGUAGAGCAUGGU